CCCGGCCCGCCGGCUCCCGAUUGGCUGCUGCGGCCGCUUACGCGUCGCGCUUCCUUGUCUGUUCCUCGUGUUCUGGGGAGUCGCUCUCUUUUUCUCUCGGCAGAGAAGAGGCGAUGGCUGCGCUGGCAUCUCUCGGCGCCCUGGCGCUACUCCUGCUGUCCGGCCUCUCCUGCUGCUCAGCAGAGGCCUGUGUGGAGCCCCAGAUCACCCCUUCCUACUACACCACCUCGGACGCCGUCAUUUCUACUGAGACUGUCUUCAUCGUGGAAAUCUCCCUGACAUGCAAGAACAGGGUCCAGAGCAUGGCUCUUUACGCUGACGUAAGUGGAAAACAGUUUCCUGUUACCCGGGGCCAAGACGUGGGGCGAUACCAGGUGUCCUGGAGUCUAGACCACAAGAGUGCACACGCUGGCACGUACGAGGUGAGAUUCUUCGACGAGGAGUCCUACAGCCUGCUGAGGAAGGCUCAGAGAAAUAAUGAGGACAUUUCCGUCAUCCCACCUCUGUUCACAGUCAGCGUGGACCAUCGGGUGAGUGGGCUGAAGAGGCUGACCCCAGCACGGGAAAGCACAGAGCACCCAGCACACCUCGCCUUCUCGGGGAGCUGGGGGCUGGGCCAUCGUUGGGCACCUGGAACGGGCCCUGGGUCUCCACUGAGGUACUGGCUGCCGCCAUCGGCCUUGUGAUCUACUACUUGGCCUUCAGCGCCAAGAGCCACAUCCAGGCCUGAGGACGGUGCCCCUGCCCCCCUUGCUUUUUUCAAUAAACAGUUCUCGGCUGUCACUGGCACCAGGGACAGGGCUCCUC